UGGUGGUAGGAAUAGGAAAUAAUUUUCCCUGACUGAAGUCUUUGAUUAGAGCCGUUUUCGUUAGUACGAAAUCUGAGAUUGCAGUGUUCGAUUUGCAAAUCAAAUUUAGGAUGGGAAAUUUGUUACGUUUGUCUACUUUUUUGUAAUCAUAUUUGAAAUUAAAAAAGGGAAUGUAAUUCUAUUGAGUGGCUUGCCCAGAACAUGAGCCGAAAGUAGGUCCAUUUGGCAGUGGAUAAAUUGUGUAUAUAUGACUGAAGCAUGGCUUCUCAUAAAUCUGGUGGGCAGAGUGGUCGAAAGAAAGUUCAGGUAUCUUUUGUGAUUCGAGAUGAGGUGGAAAGAAGACACAGGGCUGGAGUUAACUCUUUGCAGUACGAUGCCCAUCUCAACAGACUCUAUUCUGCUGGCAGAGACAGUAUUAUUCGCAUUUGGAACUGUAAAAAUAUUAAGGAGCCAUAUACAUUGUCCAUGGAACAUCACACAGAUUGGGUCAAUGACAUUGUUCUUUGCUGUGGAGGGAAAAACUUAAUAUCUGCAAGCUCAGACACAACAGUGAAGGUAUGGAAUGCACACAAAGGUUUCUGUAUGUCCACCCUGCGCACUCACAAGGAUUAUGUGAAAGCACUAGCUUAUGCCAGGGACCGAGAACAAGUUGCUUCUGCUGGCCUAGACAGAGCCAUCUUCUUGUGGGAUGUUAACACCCUCACUGCUCUGACGGCAAGCAAUAACACUGUAACUACAUCAUCCUUAAAUGGAAAUAAAGAUUCUAUCUACAGUUUAGCAAUGAAUCCGUCUGGUACAGCAAUUGUAAGUGGAAGCACAGAGAAAGUUCUGAGGGUGUGGGAUCCUCGGACAUGUGCUAAGCUCAUGAAACUCAAAGGUCAUGUAGAUAAUGUGAAGGCACUGGUACUGAACCGUGAUGGGACACAGUGCUUGUCUGGUAGCUCAGAUGGAACCAUCAAACUUUGGUCGCUUGGCCAGCAGCGUUGCAUUACAACAAUACGAGUCCAUGAUGAGGGUGUCUGGGCACUCUUGACAACAGACAAUUUCAGUCAUGUGAUCUCUGGCGGUCGGGACCGUAAGAUCUUCAUGACUGAUCUGCGAAUCCCAGAAAGGCGAGUAUUGAUAUGUGAAGAGAGUGCACCCAUUCUAAAGAUGGUGAUGACUCCUGACCAAGGGUCCCUCUGGGUUGCAACAUCAGAAUCUUGUAUCAAGAACUGGGCAAUACCUAAGAGGGACUCUCAACUUGGUGGUGAUAGUGGAGACGAAGAAAUCCUAAAACCCCUUAGUUUGAAGCCAGAGCUAGUAAUCAAAGGAGGACCUGCAGUACGGCAUUAUCAUAUCCUUAAUGAUAAACGACAUAUUCUCACCAAAGACACGGAGAAUAAUGUUAUGGUUUAUGAUGUACUCAAGGCUUGUAAACUUGAUGAUCUGGGUCAAGCUGACUUUGAAGAAGAAGUGAAGAAAAGGUUUAAGAUGGUGUAUGUUCCAAAUUGGUUCAAUGUUGAUUUGAAAACAGGGAUGCUGACCAUUCACCUGGGUCAAGAUGAGAACGAUUGCUUCUCUGCAUGGGUAUCUGCCAGAGAAGCUGGUUUAACUCCAAAUGACUCUGUAGACCAGAAAGUGAACUAUGGCAAUUUGCUGCUGCAAGCCUUGUUAGAACACUGGUGGAGACCUAUUCAGUUGGAUGAAGAUACUGAAUGUCAGGGAGACCAACAGGGUACAGGACAGACACGAGGGGGCAAUGAAUACUUCUCUGUACCUGGUCACACGCCAGUAAUAUUUAGUGAAGUGGGAGGCAGAACAUUAUAUCGUUUGCUUGUAAGGGACGCUGGUGGUGAGACUGAAGGUGUUCUUCUCAAUGAGACUGUGCCUCCAUGGGUAGUGGAUAUUGUUGUAGAGAAAAACCUGCCCAAGUUUAUAAAAAUACCCUUCUAUUUACAACCACAUGUAACAUCAGGUGUUAAAAGUCUUAAGAAGGACCGUUUGAUUGCCAAUGACUUCAUCCAGGUCCGAAAGGUUGCCGAGCAUGUGUAUGAGAAGGUGUUGGGGGCAGGUUCAGAAUCUGGAUCUGUAGCAGGGCCAAAUUCUCCUGGAACAGAACGCACUGAUCCUGAACGCCAAGAAACUGGUUCAAUAGCUGAAGAUAGGGUUGAACUCCUUUGUAAUGACCAGGUUUUGGAUUACAAUAUGGAUUUGCGGACAGUAAGACAUUUUAUCUGGAAGUCUUCGGCUGACCUGACAUUGUAUUACCGGCCUCUGAAAUAGGACUGAAUUUUUCAGGAGUAACCUGACUCACUGGUAAGAAAGGUAUUGACCAGCGUAUAAAACUGAGUGGUGUUAUUGUCAGCGUAUGCAUUGUUGUCCUGGUUAGGAGAAAGCAAGGCUGUGUUGAGAAAUGAUAUUGAAAGGAAAAUACUUGGUAUGCUUUGAAUAAAAUAAGGGAAGAUAAGCAAGUUGAAAGGAUUAUAGAAGUAAGUGUAGGAUAUAGUGUAAUGGCAGGUUUCAUUUUAUAGGGACAGAUUAAAUGCUUUUAAUGGAAAUAGUAGAUGCCACUGUAAGAAAUUAAUUUUGAAUAAAUUAAUGUGUUAUGUAAUUUAUAUUUAUAACCAGUUUUGUGUCUAAGUCGGAAAGUGAUUUAGAUUAAGAAGACAUUGCACAAGGUGCUUCCAGCAGGGUGUAAAGAGUUCCAGGUAAAUUGAUUUCCCAUGGAAAUCUUAAACUGUGGCAUCAUGGCACUGUAUUCACAUGGACAGCUUUGAGCCUCGUGACUUCUAUAGUGUGCAAUAGUACUCAAAUAGUGCUUCCUUUCAUAUGAAUAACUUCAAAUUGUGUGUGAGUGGAGGAGCAUGUUCAGAUGAAUGAAAUCAGUCUAGUGUUGUGUUCAAGUGUUGAAAAUGGAGAAGAUCAUUCAUUUAUUAAUCAUUUAUUACAAUAAAAUAUGUUGGAAACAAUGGUGACAAGACACAAGCAUAAGACCCAGUUUAAUCUGAAGAAAUGUUGGCAAUUAUUUUGAGCUAUGUGAAAAUUAAAUAAACAUAAUUUUAUUAAACCCAUAGCUUUAUUGUGUUAGCAAAAACAUGACAUUUUACAUAUGAUCUAAUAUAGAUAGUAGUUAAAAAUCCUGAUCACUGUUCCUGAUGCUGCACUAAUGUUGGAUUAUGGUGAGUUUGAGGCCUGCACUAGAAGUAGAAGGUAUGAAAAAGAUUGGGAAGCAGAAUGUGUGGGAAAUUGGGAUGUUUUUAAAUUGCAAGCUGGUAAGCUGCAGGAAUAGGAUAAUUAUGCCCAUUUGUCAUUGGUGUUUUCUUCUGGAGUGGCAAAAUUGGUGGUGUUCCUCAAACCCAUCAUCAGGCCAUAAGCACCUCUGUUGUGUAACAUCUCCGAAGACAUUUAUCUUUAGUUGUAAGCAUGUCAAGAGUUUUAAAAAUAGUGGGCAUUGGAUCUGUGCACUACAAUUAUAAAAAUAUAUUUGA